AUACUAUUGUUAUUGAAUUCACUCAUUUUUGUCCUAAAAGAAAUAAGUUUUAAAUCAAAUCGUUCUCAUUAUACUCGUUUACUCUCUUACUAUACUCACGUUGUCAUUAAUUUCUCAUUAAUUGAUUUUAUUGAUAAUUGAUCCAAUAUGGACAUAGCUGAAGGUGUUACGCCAGCGUAUCUGAAAUUGGCUCAGAUAAAAUUUUGCUUAACUCUCCCACAGUUUAAAGAAGAUCCAGAUUUAAUUUCAUCUUUAUUAGCCGGUAUAGUCCAAAAUAAUAUGGCCCCCUACUACAAAGAAGUAUGCACAGAUUUGUCAUGGAUAUUUGACCAAACUCUUUAUGAUAAAAUGGCUGCUAAUAAUGCUAAGCGCAUGGCAGAACUUGAACAAGAAAAAAAUCCCACCAUGGUAGAUGAUGAUGACCCAGUAUCUGGUAUAUGGCAAGCAAAGUUGCUUUAUUUAUGUUCCAUCGGUGACCGCGAAGAAGCAACAAAACUGGCAGAGUCUAAACUAGAAGAGAAAAAUGUACCUAAGUCACAGCAAAUCGAUACUGUGUUUGCUCUAUUUAGAGUUGCAUACUUUCACGGAUGCGAUAUUCCGGCAAUGAAAAAAGCAAUAGACAAAGCCACGGAGUUAAUUGAAGGAGGAUCUGGUGGAGAUUGGAGUGCCAGAAAUAAACUUAAAGCAUAUGAUGGUAUUUGGAGUUUGGCAAUACGAGAUUUCAACCGAGCGGCCAAGCUGUUUGUAGACGUUGUACCCACAUUUGAAUCGUAUGAACUUGCAGAUUUCAGCACUAUCAUCAAAUACACUGUAUAUUCGUCAAUGAUAGCUUUCCCUAGAUAUGAGUUGAAAAAAACGCUCAUGCAUCAUGGUGUUAUGGCUCAGGCUUUAAACUCAAAUUCUAAGGAACUUAAAGAUUACUUUGUCUCAUUAUAUGAAGGUCAAUACUCUAAAUUCCUUGUUUAUUUAGCACGCAUUGAAAAGAACAUGAAACAAGACCCAUUGUUACACCCUCACUAUAAAUAUUAUGUUCAAGAGAUGAGGUUAUUAGCGUAUAAGCAAAUAUUACAAGCAUAUAGAUCAUUGAGUUUGGAUUACAUGGCUGAAUCGUUUGGUGUGACUAAAGGAUUUGUGGAAAAAGAAGUUGCUAGAUUUGCAGCUGCUGGACGUUUAACUUGCAAGAUCGAUCAUGUUGCUGGAGCUGUGGUGACCAGUAGUACUUCCAAGAAUAGUUUACAACUGGGAGCGCCAGAAUCUAGACUAGAACGCGGUAUAUUAUAUCAGACAACUGUGAAAAAAGGCGAUAUAUUGUUGAACAGGUUAAAGAAGUUGGCUAGAGUUAUGGAUUUCUAAAGAAAAAUUUUGUGAUUUUUUUUUUAGUUUGUGUUUAAAAAUAAAUAAAUUUUGAGUUAAUGCAUUAUGCAUUUGUAUGUAUAAUUCAUCAAUUCUAAUUUAUCCAAUACUAUUAUUAUUUGUACUUUCGCAUCAUCUAAAAAUAUUAAUAGUUUACCUUUAUCCUUAUAAAUUAUAAUAUAUUAAACAAUAUAUCUAUUGAAAUUUA